CGCCCCGCAGGAAGCGGAGCCGCCCGGGCCCCGCGCCGCGAGAGCGCGGGAGAGACAGGCCAGCAGCGAGCAGCGUCGUUUCCCUCCCGCUGUCGCCGCCCCCGGGGACGCCGCUCCGUGAGGAACAACCGGCCGCGAGUCGGCAGGGGAGCAGCGCCCUCCCCUCCCUACAUCCGCCCCGUCCUGCGAGGCGGGACGUGACCGCUCCCUCCCCCUUGUCCCCGGGCUCCGCCGCCGCCCGUCCCGAGGAGAGAGCCCGGCACUUGUUGCCGCGAUGGUGCCCGGCCCGGCCGAGUAGGAGCGCCGAUCCCGCCCGGGAGAGGAGCACCGAGCCCCGCGCCGGCCCCGCCGGGGCACCGCGGGGUGUUGUCUGCCCGCAGCGCCCGGCGGUGACGGCGCUUCCCGAGCGGCUCCAGGACUCAGGUCUGGGCGCGGGGGUCGCUCCCGGCAGCGCCGCCCGGCCCGGGAGGUCCCGGCGGGACCAGGAGGCAGCGCCGCCCGCCCCGUCCCCCGGCCGGAGCCAAAAUGUCCUUCUUCAACUUUCGCAAGAUCUUCAAGCUGGGCGGCGAGAAGAAGAAGAAACAAUACGAGCACGUCAAGAGGGAUUUGAACCCUGAGGAGUUCUGGGAAAUCAUCGGGGAGCUGGGAGAUGGUGCUUUCGGUAAAGUGUUCAAGGCUCAGAACAAAGAAACAAAAGUUCUGGCUGCUGCAAAGGUGAUAGAUACUAAAUCAGAAGAAGAACUUGAAGAUUACAUGGUGGAGAUUGAUAUUUUAGCAUCCUGUGAUCAUCCUAAUAUUGUCAAGCUCCUAGAUGCUUUCUACUAUGAAAACAAUCUGUGGAUCCUGAUCGAAUUUUGUGCAGGAGGAGCUGUAGAUGCAGUCAUGUUGGAGCUUGAAAGGCCAUUAACAGAGCCACAGAUCAAAGUGGUGUGCAGACAGACACUGGAAGCACUGAACUACUUGCAUGAAAAUAAGAUCAUCCACAGAGAUCUAAAGGCUGGCAAUAUUCUUUUCACAUUAGAUGGAGACAUUAAACUAGCGGAUUUUGGAGUAUCAGCUAAAAACACAAGAACAAUACAAAGAAGAGACUCUUUUAUUGGUACACCAUAUUGGAUGGCUCCAGAAGUAGUAAUGUGUGAGACCUCUAAAGACAGGCCUUAUGAUUAUAAGGCUGACAUUUGGUCUCUUGGCAUUACUUUAAUAGAAAUGGCUCAAAUAGAGCCACCUCAUCAUGAAUUAAAUCCCAUGCGAGUGCUUCUGAAAAUUGCAAAAUCUGAUCCUCCCACGUUAGCACAGCCUUCAAAAUGGUCAUCAGAUUUUAAAGAUUUUCUGAAGAAAUGUUUGGAAAAGAAUGUAGAUGCAAGGUGGAGUGCAACUCAACUGUUACAGCAUCCAUUUGUUACUGUUACUUCCAAUAAACCAAUAAGAGAAUUGAUUGCAGAAGCUAAGGCUGAAGUUACAGAAGAAGUUGAAGAUGGUAAAGAUGAGGAUGAAGAAGAGGAAACAGAGAAUUCUCUGCAGUUACCUGCAGAAAAGCGUGCAUCCUCCGACCUUAGCAUUGCCAGCUCUGAAGAGGAUAAACUUUCACAGAAUGCCUCUGUCCUGGAAUCUCUCUCUGAGAAAACAGGAAGUAAUGCAAUUGAGGACAAAACAACUGGGGAUGAAUCUGAGGACAUUAAAUUUAGGAAAACAGCUGAUAAGAUAUGCGAUACUACCGUUAACGAUAUGGAAGUGCAAAACGGUUCUGUGCCAACUGGUGAAGAUGAGGAAGGCAAAAUAAUGCCAGCAGAAAAGGACACAGAAAGCCUGGAAAAACCACAUAAGGAUACAGAACCCCAGAAAGGAGGGAAAGAACUUGACGUGGUAACAAAACCAGAAAUAAAGAAUGAACCCAACCUAAAAAUAGAGAAAGAAAAUUCCACAGCAAAUGAACAGACAGAAGAUAAUAAACUGAAAGUAGUACCCACAACUGAAAAUAGUGUAGAAACUGAAGAAGGCAUUUCUAAGGAAACUGGUGAAAAAGAAGAGAAGGAGAAUAGAACAGAUCUCUUGGGACUUAAGGAAGAAAAGGUCCCUGUAGAAAAUACAGAUACAGAGCAAAAGGAAAAUAAAAAUGAGGAGCAGACAGAGGCAACAAUAGACACCACUACAGAAACUCUACCUAAUGCUACAGUCGAAGGGUCUGAUGAAGAAAAGGAACUAAUAAAGCAUGGAAUUGACAACAUUAAGGAGAUAGGUGGUAUUGCUGAAACACCGAUCAGUGAUGGGGAUAAAAUACCUGAGCUGGAGGAUAAGCCAGUGGAAAGUCAGGCUAAGCAGGUCCAUGAGAUAAUCAGCUCUGAAGAAACUCUAUCAGAAAGCCAAGAUAAAGUGAUCAAAGUAGACAAGAAACUGGCCGAAAGUGAAAAUGAGGAUAUUAGUAAUAUAAGCAGCACGGAGGAAACAAAGAUCAAAGACUCUGGAAAAGACGUCGUAGACCAGAAGGCAAUACAGAGCAAGCCUGAGGAUAUUUCUAAUAAAGUGGUGGAUAACCUGACUGAUAUGGACCAAAAUUCAGGAGAGUGCAGACCUGAGAAUAUCCAGGAAAACAACAUUCAGACAGACAAAGAACGUUUAGAAGUUACUUCUGAUGAAGUAAUGAAGGAUAAGCUUCAAAAUACUGUCAAUGAACAAGGUGAUGACUCUGAAGUCACUCCAGUCCCCAGUAUUAGUAUUAGCACUGAAGAAAAUGAGAAAGUCAAAACAGAUAAUCAAGGCAAUACUGAAACUUCCCAGCAGGUAGAGUCGGAGAAUGUGAAGGAAAAUGAUGCCGAUUCAGGCACAGGUUCUACAGCUGAUAACAGCAGCAUUGAUUUGAACUUGUCCAUUUCUAGUUUCCUUAGUAAGAACAAAGAGACAGGAUCAAUAUCUUUACAGGAAACUAGAAGACAGAAGAAAACGUUAAAGAAAACUCGGAAGUUUGUCGUUGAUGGAGUAGAAGUGAGUGUAACCACAUCAAAAAUAGUCACUGAAAAUGACUCCAAAAGUGAAGAAAUGCGAUUCCUACGACGUCAAGAGCUAAGAGAACUAAGACUUCUUCAGAAAGAGGAGCAGAGAGCCCAACAGCAGCUCAGUAAUAAGCUUUUGCAACAGCGAGAACAGAUGUUCAGACGUUUUGAACAGGAAAUGACAAGUAAAAAGCGACAGUAUGAUCAAGAAAUAGAAAACCUAGAGAAGCAGCAGAAACAGACGAUAGAGCGCCUGGAACAGGAGCACACGAACCGCUUACGGGAUGAAGCAAAACGCAUCAAAGCAGAACAGGAGAAGGAAUUGUCCAAAUUCCAGAACGUGCUGAAAAACAAGAAAAAAGAGGUUUUAUGUGAAGUGGAGAAAGCACCAAAAGAGCUGAGAAAAGAGCUCAUGAAACGCAAGAAAGAGGAGCUUGCACAAAGCCAGCAUGCUCAGGGCGUUGCUCAGGUUAUGAUUCAGUCUUUUCAGUUGUCUUCGUGUACGCUUUUCAACGCACAAAUGCAGGAUGAGCAGGAGUUUGUGCAGAAGCAGCAACAAGAACUGGAUGCAUCUCUGAAGAAAAUUAUUCAGCAGCAGAAGACGGAACUGGCCACUAUUGAACGAGAUUGUCUCAACAACAAACAGCAGCUCAUGAGAGCUCGUGAAGCUGCAAUCUGGGAACUGGAGGAGCGGCAUCUGCAGGAGAAACACCAGCUCCUCAAACAGCAGCUCAAAGAUCAGUACUUCAUGCAGAGACACCAACUGCUUAAGAGGCACGAAAAAGAAACGGAACAAAUGCAGAGAUAUAAUCAACGCCUUAUUGAGGAGUUAAAGAACAAGCAAACUCAGGAAAGAGCCAGACUGCCUAAAAUCCAGCGAAGUGAAGCAAAGACUCGCAUGGCAAUGUUUAAGAAAAGUUUAAGAAUCAAUUCGUUAGCCUCUCCAGACCAAGAUCGUGAAAAAAUUAAGCAGUUUGCUGUUCAAGAAGAAAAGAGGCAGAAGAAUGAGAGACUGGCUCAGCAUCAGAAACACGAAAACCAAAUGCGGGACCUUCAGUUGCAGUGUGAAGCAAACAUCAGGGAACUGCAUCAGUUACAGAAUGAAAAAUGCCAUCUACUGGUUGAGCAUGAGACUCAGAAACUAAAAGAGCUGGAUGAAGAGCACAGCCAAGAACUGAAGGAAUGGAGAGAGAAAUUGAGACCGAGAAAAAAGACGCUGGAAGAAGAAUUUGCCAGAAAACUGCAGGAACAGGAAGUUUUCUUUAAAAUGACUGGAGAAUCCGAAUGCCUUAAUCCUUCAACACAAAGCCGGAUUUCCAAAUUCUAUCCAAUCCCCAGCCUUCACUCUACUGGGUCAUAACUCUGGGAACUGCUGUAGGUUUUUUCCUAUUUGUAAUUCUCCAUCCUUACCCAUCUAACCUGACUUAUCUGCGGCGUGUGUACAUCCAAGGACCCCGCGCUUUUUGUUUUCAGUGGAGACAAUCAGUGUCACAUCAGUUUCUUCACUUCUCUGAGCAGAAGAAACGAACCCAGUGUUGGUGUACAAUGGUAAUGUUACGUCCUUCAGGUGUUUCAAGACUAAGUGGGCUUUUUAUCUCGGUCUCUAAAAGUAUGUUACCUAUGGUUUUGACUUUAAACCUGAAGUAUUAGUUGUGCUCUUUCUCAUCACAGAAAAAAUGGUUUCUCAUGUGAAUAUUUAAACAAUGUAAUAUUAGUUCUGCUACUGUGUUUUUAAGUAUCAGAUCUCUCCACGAGAGAAUUCCACAAUUGAAAAUGCCAUGAGAGGUUUAAAGUUUCAUAAUGUUGAGCAGUGUCUUCAUGGCAAGAACUGAAACUAAUUGCUAAGAACAUGCCAGUAAUCAGAGAAACAAACCCUUAUGUUUAAACACAAUUGGCAAAAGCAAAGGCCUUUGUAAUAUCUUUCAAAAGAAACCUCUGGCAUAAAUUAAACUGAGCUGAUCUCCAUGACGUGUUUUGUCCAUUAGUUCCAUAAUGAAAUGGGGUGCUAGUUUAAUUAAUACAGUGCCUGAAACACUUAGAUAUGCUGAUCCUGGUAACAGGAUAUGUUUUGUCAUUUAAAAAAACAAAACUCCUUAGCAUUGUUGUUACUGUACAAAACAAGAUUUCUUGCUGCUACUGCCAUUUUGGUUGUAAAUCCUCACCCUAAAAUAUUUUGCACUAAAAUAUGUAAAGGUGAAAGAAAUGCUAACUUUAAAAUGCACAGUUUGUUAUUUUCCUUUGCUAUUACAGGUGGUUAGUUCUACAAAUUGAAAAACUGUAGAAUGUAUUUUUUAGAAAGCAGGGUGCAAAAUGCACGUGGUUUCUCUAACUGUACCUGGAAUGGGUAGAGCCAUUGUUCUGUUCUUACCAAAGCCUGUUCAUUUAAACUCCAUUGGAAAAGUGGAGGUGGAUGGUCAUAUUUAUAAAUAAUCAUGGCUAAAGUCUGAUUUCAUUAGAAGUGUUAGAUUCAAUUUUUUUUUAAUUUUAGUCAUUUUAUUUUGUGGAAAGAUUUAAGUUAAAUAUAUAGACAAACUCCUCUAUGAAGCUGGGUGUUUUGCUUUUGUGUUGCCACCUACUAACAUAGGCAGGUUUUAUUUUUUAAGUUCAUAGAUGUACAAUAAGUUAUUUACCUGACUGAUCUGCAGUGGAAAAUCUGAAAUGUUUCUCAUGUAGCGGGUAGGGAAAUACAGCUGUAUUAGAUCAAUUUUUGCUGCACUCCUUUUGGUGGUUAGAGGUUGAGUCAUAUCAAGACACAGUAUUUAAGGCUGUACUUGGGUAUGCUGGAGUUCCAUUUGUAAAAUAGUGUUUGCUUUCUGUUGUUUGAGGCCUGACUUUCUCAUGUCUCUUCGGGCAUCAACUGCAACCGUUUUGUUUUGCUCUCUCGCACUGAACGUGUGGCUGGUGACCAUCACACGACGUUCAUUUCAUGGGAACUGUGUUGCUGCAUGUCAAUGAGUUCAUAAAUAACCAUAGGACUUUAUAAUCAGCUGUGGUCGAAACCUUGGAUGCUGAAAUCCUUGGACGUUGAACCGAAACCUUCUCAAUGAAGACACUUAAUUUACAGCACAGAAAAAAAAUUAAUUGGAAAAUGCAUGUUUUAAUUUAAAUUUUGUAACUUUUUGAUAGCAUAAUUACUUUAAUAGCUAGCCUUAAUUUCUGGCAUUUUAUUAUUAUAAAUGUGUAUUGUGUACUGUUGUAAAUUCACACCCCAUAUCUCUAGAAUGUUCUCUGUUGCUAAAUGCAAAGUUCUUUGAAUUGUUUGUUCAUUAGGGAGAAAAAACGUCUUUGAGAACUUCUGUUUUUUAAGCUCCACCUUCAUAAAUUGACUGUUACUGAGAUAACAUUAAAUAAUCUUCAUUUCUAUUUAGCAGAA